AUGAAAUUUACAAGUACUGCUGCCUUUCUGUCGGCUCUAGCCAGCCUUUCCGGCGCCGUUCCAACGGAUAACGUCUCAGGGCUAGCCGCUCGGCCUGAUUAUGAUGUGAUAAUAGUCGGAGGGGGCCCUGCAGGGCUCAGCGCAGCCAGUGGCCUGGCCCGUGUUCGCCGAAAUGUUUUGUUGAUCGAUUCGGGAGAAUACCGAAAUGCUCAGACUCGGCAUAUACAUGAUGUGAUUGGGUUUGACGGGGUCACGCCAGCAUACUUUCGUUGGGUGGCACGCAAAGAGAUCUCGAGAUAUGGCACCGCCAACUUGGUAAACGGCACCGUCACCAAGAUCCAGCCAGAGGCGAAUAAUUCGUAUUUUACAGUCUCUGCCGAUUAUCCCGGCGACAAUAAAGUCACAUUCACCACACGAAAGGUCGUUCUCGCAACGGGAUUACGUGAUUUACUUCCGUCCACACCGGGACUCAUCGAGAACUGGGGCAAGGGCAUCUAUUGGUGUCCCUGGUGCGACGGGCAUGAACAUGCGGACCAGCAAUUGGGCAUAUUAGGGCCUUUUGAGAAAGCUACAGAUGCAAUUCGCGAAAUCAUUUCCCUUAACCGAGAUAUUAUACUAUUUGUCAACGGCACGGACACACCUGAGCAACGGGCUGCGACUGAGAAAGACUUUCCCAAGUGGGAGCGUUACUUGAAGCUGCACGAUAUAAAGAUUGAUAACCGAACUCUUACAUCUAUUAAGAGGCUUGCCAAUGGAACGACGGGAGACGAGGACCCUAGUCUACCAUCCCAUCCCGAACAUGAUCUCUUCCAGCUUAAUUUCGAGAUUGGCGCACCGGUGCUUCGGGCCGCUCUUUUGACCAACUUCGAUACAGCGCAAAAGUCCAACUUGGGUGAAGAGACUGGUGUGGCCCUAUAUGGUGGAAGACUUGCCGCAGAUCAAUCUCGUGGCAUGGUUACAAAUAUUCCUGGUAUAUUCGCCAUUGGAGACGCAAAUUCAGACAAUGUCACGAACGUUCCCCAUGCCAUGUAUAACGGCAAGAGGGCCGCAGUUUACAUUCAGGUUGAAAUAGAAACCGAGAAUGCAGAAGUAGAAGCUGAGGAUGCGGAAAUGGAAAUCGAGAAUGCAGAAGUACAGCUCGAAGUGGUGCUCGCAAAGCGAGAUCUUCAGGAUCAUAUGAGAGUUUUAUGGGAGCGAAUGAAUGUGCCGGGUGACAUACUCUACGCGGGAGCGUUUGAUCAAUGA